AUAUUGGCAUCAUUUGGGUUACUUUCGUCCCCAUUCUCUCUUCAUUCCGACAUACCUCGCUCGCCUUCCCACACUUUCUCUCUCUACCUCCUCACGCCAAAUUUAACCCUCUCUCUCGCUCUCUAUCAAACAAGUUAGGGUUUCUGUUAGGGUUAGGGUUUCACCUUCUAAUGCAUACAAAAUCCCUUUUUCUACACUCUUUUAAACAAUGUACAACUCUAUGAACAUGUCCGACCAGAUCAAAAACAACGAAGACGCCGACAAUCACAUCCAUUACGAUUCGCAUACCCUAGAAGACGGUUCCGGCGAAGGAGAAGGACCAAUUCACGAUGUUUCUCUCGAAGAUGUUUAUGUUUCCGGUGAUGGAAACCACGCUGACAUGUCAAUUCAACGCUUCGAUGAUUCUAGUCAGCUCACUCUUUCGUUUCGUGGUCAAGUUUAUGUUUUCGAUUCUGUUACCCCUGAGAAGGUUCAAUCAGUUUUAUUACUGUUAGGAGGAUGUGAACUGUCUUCGGGUUCGCAAUGUUUGGACACGUCGCCUUUAAAUCAGAGGAGUGGCACUGAAUUUCCUACAAGAUGUAGUCAACCACAGCGAGCAGCGUCGUUGAUUAGGUUUCGUCAGAAGAGGAAAGAGCGAAACUUUGAUAAGAAAGUUAGAUAUGGUGUGCGUCAAGAAGUUGCUCUAAGGAUGCAACGUAGUAAGGGUCAAUUUACAUCAUCUAAGAAACAAGAUGGAGCUAACAAUUGGGGUUCAGAUCCAGAGUCAGGGCAAGAUGUGGUUCAAUCCGAAACCUCAUGCACACACUGUGGAACAAGUUCAAAGUCUACCCCUAUGAUGCGAAGGGGGCCAUCUGGCCCAAGGACACUUUGCAAUGCUUGUGGGCUUUUUUGGGCAAAUAGGGGUACUUUGAGGGAUCUAUCUACUUCUAAGAGACACCAUGAACAGCACACUCUUGCGGCACCUCCUGAGCAGGGUACUUUGAGGGAUCUUUCUAAUUCUAAGAGAAACCACGAACUGCACACACUUGCAUCACCUAAGACGGUUGAUGAGGGUAAUGACUUGAACUGCCGGACGGCUCUUCCUGCGCCCAACGAUACUGUUGAUGAUAAAACAACUUAGGUAUCAGAUCAUUGAGAUUUCCAGUCACGGAAAAUGACAGUCAUUGACUACGGCACUCCCAGGUUUAUUGUAAUUCCGCUCGAUUUGGCUUGUAGAAUGUACAGUUCUAGAGAGGCUCUCAUCAACACACCAGGUCUAUUUAAAACAUGCUCUUGGAUAAGUUGCAUUAGCUGUUUUUAUCGGAAUGUAUACUAUAAAGUGGAAUUUGAAUGAGGACUUGAUUUGAUUUCAUUGGGAGGACGCAAGGUUUUGUUUGAUAUUUUACUUUAUGUGAAAAUGUGCACAAAACAGUAAGCAAUAGUUCCAGUGGAAUAUUUUUUCCUUCUCCCA